ACAUUGAAUUGAUAUUUGCAGAUAAAACAAAAAAAAGUUUUACUUUCCAAGAAAUCAGUAAUACAUCUUUGCUACAUAACCAAUUAUCAGCUAAAUUAGAUGAACUAUUUGAGGUGGCUACAAAUCCAAGUAGUGAUGAUGAAAAUUUUAAAAUUAGUUAUGAAGAACUUUAUUGUUUUGGCUGUGAUGACAAUAAUGAAGAAAGUAAUAAAGGCGAUGACAAAGCUAAUAUAAAAGGUGAUAAUGAAAGCAGUAAGGAGAGUAAUAAUGAAGCUAACAAAGAAGGUGACAAGAAAGAUGAUGAAAAUAGUAACAAAGGUAAUAAAGAAGGCAACAAGGAAGAUAACAAUGAUGAUAGUAAUAAAGAUGAUAAAGAAGACGACAAGGAAGAUGACAAUGAAGAUAGUAAUAAAGGUGAUAAAGACAAAGACAAUGAUGAAGAUGACGAAAGUGAUGAAGGUGAUGAAGGUGAUGAAGAUGAAAUUGUAUUGGAGCCAAUAAACCCUAUCAAAAUUAGGAAGGCAGUAAUAAGUACUAAACUUCCUAAUUUUGAAAGGGUUAGUAAAAGGCAAGCUAACCAAGACCUUUACUCAUAUCUUGGCUAUUUUUCUAAUUUUCAACCCACUAAAAAAAAAGAGAUAUUAACUGGAAAUAAAUUAAAGGUUUCAAAACAAUACCAUGAGCUAUUAGCAUUUGAAAGUGAAUUAACUGUAAUAGCACCCUUUUAUGAUAAAAAUUCAUUUAUUAAAAAGGAUGAUUAUUAUAAAAGUCUUCUUAAUUAUCUAAAGGAACUUUCUAUACUUUGUAAAACUUCAGUAGUUCAAUUUAAUCCUGCUCAGAUUAAUAGUAGAUUAGCUUUGGAAUAUGAAAAUCUUGUAUUAUCAAAUUCAGAUGAUAUUUUAAAUUUGCAAGACCAAAUAAUGCUUCUAAGUACAUGUUAUCAGUUUAUUUUUGAUUGUAAUAUUACAACUUAUAAUAUUGAAGUUUCUCACAGAAUAUUACUUCAAUUUUUGUAUAAAUUUGAAAUAGCAUAUAAUUACUUAAUAGAAUGGAUAAAUAAAUAUACAACUCGUGAAAAAGGAACCAAUAUUUCUACUCGAACAAGGCAUAGAAAGCAAGAAAAAAAUCUUCAAAAUUCUUUUCUAGUUUCAAAUAAUAUAUCUAAUAAUAGUUUAAAUAAUCAAAUAAAUAUUGUUAGUAUAGGGGAUAUUGAGGAAAUUAUUGAACAAAGAAUUGGAAGAAGAUAA